AUGGUAUGGAGCUCACACGAAUAUAAACUAGCAGUCCAUAGAGCUAAGAAAGGCAUUGGCAAAUAUCUCGAUAUAUCAACACCUGGAAUAAUGAACAAAUUGGGAACAGUCUGCAAUUUUUGCAGACAAGGUGAUGAAGAAGCAUCACAAUUAUGUGGCAAACUACAUGUUGAAAAGAUUGGUGAUGGUCAAAUAGUUGCAGCUCAUCAUAAGUGUAUGCAAUACUCAGCUGGCCUGGUCCAAUAUAAAUUUGACCAUUUUGGUGGAUUCAAGAUUGAUAAAGUUCAGGGUGAACUCAAAAGAGGGGGUUUCAUUAAAUGUCACAUUUGUAAAAAUGACAAAACUAGGAAAAGAAAAUGCAACCGUGCAACAUCAGGAUGUGCUGUCAAGACUUGCCGAAAAUCUUUCCAUUAUUACUGUGCCAAAAAAAGUGACAAAUGCAUUACAAAGAGAAUGCUGGUUCGCUAUAAACUGUCAGAUGAAGAGAGAGUUUUAUACAGAGUCUUUUGCUGUCAGGAUCAUGAAAAGUAUUUCAAAGAACAUAAAGAAGACCUGGUCAAAUCUCAGUCAGGUCCUGGAAGUAGUGAUAGUGAUGACCUAUCUGAUGAGGACGAUGAUAGUAAAGAGAAUGAAAGUGAAUCUGAUCAAACAACAGACCUGGAUCAAACAAAUAUACUGAUGACAACACUGCAUAGUCCAUUUCUUAGCAAGGACAAAGCACAUGAACAGGACAGCAAUGAAAAUUACAGCGGAAGUACUAUUGACUGUAAAAGUGAAAUAGAGGAUCCUGAACAUCUUGUUCAGAUGAACUCAGCUGAAUGGCAGCCAGAAAUUGUGUCCAUAGAAAGCUUGACCAAUGGUGAAAAAUUAGAGAAUAAGUUUCAAUUUUCUAGCCCAGCCAAAUUACUCUCUGAUACAACUGCUGAUACUAACGAUAAUCAUAAUGCCCUCACAUGUUUGGAUACACAAAGUGAUAACAACAACAGUGGUAGCAAUUCCAACUUUACAGAAUGCAAGGUAUCCCUGAUCAAAGGUAUAAAAAGUGUUGAACAGGCAAUGAUCAGUCAGAAAAAUGGAUGGAAGGAUAAAGGGAAAUCUGUUAACACAGAACAAGGCACUGAAAGAGAAGACAAAGGCAGAACAAAGAAACAACCCAAGAAAAGGGAUUGUAAUGAGCCUGGAUUGAUUUCUUUUAGUCCCAAGGAUAGUCCUACAACUGGCAAACAUUAUGCAGAUUGUGUACUUGUUAUCACCAACUCCUUACCAUGUGGAGACAAAACUAAACAUGACAUAGUAAAACAACUUGGAGCUACAUGUCGGGUGGCAUUUUGGCCCAAAGAGGAAGUCUGCUCAGACCUGAACAAGGAGCACUUGCCAUAUCUAAUGAAUGACAUUGUCACUUUUCUAAGUGAUAAUGGUGUUUCAGACCUAAUUGGGUUGCUGACAGAUAAAAACAACCUUACCUCACGUCUUUUGAUACACAACUAUGCCUUGAAUCUUCACAAGAAAUUGGAGAAGAACAUGGCUGAAAUCUUGAUGGGAUCUCUCAUGAAAUCAAUAGCUGACACAGUAAAAAAAAUUGACAACAAACAGAUUUGCCAGCUUCUUACAACAAAUGAUGACAUAGAAGCUAUAGCAGUUUGCAUUGACAAUAACAUAGAUCCACAUUACAAACUGCGAUCAGCAUUAGGUAUUGAAGAAAUGUCCAAUAUUUGCCUCCAUAGGUUGACGGGUAAAGUACCUCAACUCAGUGCUGUAUCUGUUCACCUGCAUGAGGAGGCCUCAAAACUCAUAGGCUGGAUAGACAAUACUUUAAAAGAGCAGCCUCAGGUGCUGCUCUACCCAAAGGAGACAUUUCUGCUGGAUGGUAGUGUGCAAUCUGUUGCUGAUUUGGUAAAUUUUCAGAUGUGUAUAACAAACAGUGCCCAAUCAUCUACAGAGGAAGAGGAAACUAAUAACAAAACAUGCAUUGUUUGUAUUUGCAGGAUGGACACUGAAAUAGUUAACUACAAACAAUUCUGUCACAAAUGUAUUCUGAAUCAUCUACCUCUCAACAGUCCUGUCAUAUUUGUCAUAGACAUGGUAAAUGGAGUGUUUGAGGAUGUUGAUGACUUUGUGCCGGAGGAAGUAAAAGACAGCUAUACAGUUGAUAUAUACACAGCAAAUCCGCCAGCUAGGAAAACCAUGUCUUCUGUACUUCUUCACUUCUACAAAAACUGCUUCCAACAAAGAAGGAUGAAUAGAAUGUCAAAAGCUUUGAAAUCACCAGCAUCAAGCAGUUCUGAAAAAGAAACAGGAAAAAGAGAAACAUCAAAGAAGAGAUAUCACUGUGAAAGUUCCAGUGAUACCAGCUGCCCAGCAUCAUCACCUGACCAGCGCUCCAACACUGAUCAAACCUUACAUAGCUCAAAGCGGAAACGCAGGGUACUAGACCUGUAAAUUAAGGGUAUUCUUUAAAUUUCAGUGA